UGCGGUUCGCAACCUGCAGAGAGGCCCGCCCCCCAGCAUUGCAUGCGCGCCGCAUGUUCACAGAAAACGCUGACAGUAUUAAAACCAUUCAAUUUACAGUUAUUCGUACAGUAAGAAGUUGCCAUACCAUCCACUGAGAAGUAAACGUAAGGUCCGGGAGCUGUACGAAGCAUCAAGGAGGAUCGCAGUUCCAAGACCUGAAGCCGCUUUAUGCAACCAAAAAGGAUAUUUAGCAGAAACUUCACGAUGUUCAGGACCUGCUUGUGUUUCGGUCUGUUCAUCUCUGGUGUUGUUUCCCAAGAAGCCGAGGAACCGGUGUCCUACUCGUGCACAGAUGGCUAUGAAUAUGAUGCCGCAACCCACAAUUGCAAAGACAUCAACGAGUGCGACACCCUGCCGGACGCCUGCAAGGGGGGCAUGAGGUGCAUCAACUAUUAUGGCGGGUACUUCUGCUUGCCCCCCAACGCCCAGGUCAUCUUCAGCAGGGAUGAGUCUGACCCCGCCCCUGGCUCCGCCCCCAGCUCUGGUCCCGCCCCCGUCCCAGCUCCCGUCCCCGACCCCACCCCUGCGCCUGCACCGCAGCCCGUCCCCCGGAAUCCCCUCGCCGUUUGGCCCGGUUACCGUGGGAACCAGCGUGGGACGGUCCAGUGUCGCACGGGGUUCUUGGUGGACGGGCAGAACCAGUGCAGAGACAUAAACGAGUGUGAGACAAGUAACCCGUGCGAACACAUGUGCUUCAACAUCAUGGGCUCCUACAUCUGCCAGUGUAAACAAGGCUUCGAGCUGGCCCCCGACUCCAUCUCCUGCCAAGAUAUUGACGAGUGCAGUUUCUCCAGCUACAUGUGCCAGUAUCAGUGUGUGAACCAGCCUGGGCAGUACACCUGCAUGUGCCCUGACGGGUACCAGCUCCAGGGAAGAAGUUUGUGUCAAGACAUAAACGAGUGUGAAACGGGACACAACUGUCGCGAAGACGAGAUGUGCUGGAAUUACCACGGCGGAUUCCGUUGCUAUCCCAGAAACCCCUGCCACGAGCCGUAUGUGCGGACGGGAGAGAACCGAUGUACCUGCUCCUCCCCAACCCUGUGCCACGGAGUGGCGCCAUCCAUCGUGUACAAGUACAUGAGCAUCCCGUCGGACCGCUCCGUCCCGUCCGACAUCUUCCAGAUCCAGGCCACGAACAUCUACCCCAACACCCACAACACUUUCCGGAUCAAGGCUGGCAACGAGGGAGGGGAGUUCUUCCUGAGGCGCUCCAGCAACCUUAGCGCCAUGCUAGCGCUGACCAAGCCGCUGACGGGCCCGCGGGAGCACAUCGUGGACCUGGAGAUGGUCACCCACAACUCCUUGCUCAGCUACCGCUCCAGCUCCCUGCUGAGGCUCACCCUCAUCGUGGGGCCUUACUCUUUCUAACCGUGGUGGGGGGGGGGACCCCCACUUCACCACAUAAGGGUAUCAAACGCUCUACGCCAGGGGGGGGGGGGGGGUCGGAUUCUAGUCCUGGAGGGCCACGGUGUCUUACUGGGUUUCGGAGUGUCUCAUCUCACGUGUUCCGUGUUAGUCACUGGUUGGCUACAGGGGUCACACAUCUUAUUCCCAAGGCUUCUUACUGAAAGGACACAACAACAACAACAAAAAAAACCUGCUCAUAUUGUUGCUCCCCAGUUCUUGAGUUUGACACCCCAGCAAUACGCUAUAGGCCAGCACUAUUCACUUUGCCCUUGGAGAGCCACCUUAAAAUUGGCAAUCGGGUCAGAACCGAGAGACCCGGUGAGCUAAGUUAACUGUAUAAUCAACUGCUUUCAUUAAUCAAUUAAGUGCCUGGCAAUCAUAGAAUACUGCGGCCCACCCAAGGGCAAGAGCGAACGCCAUCGUUACAGGCAGUUGAUGGAGCCGCCAGCCCCUUGCUUUGCCUCCCAGAUGGAGGUGUUUCCCCAGCAGGACACGACAGUCUUAUUCCCCUGUCUUUAUAGGGAUAUUUUUACACUUCACAAGCAACGCAAUGACAGCUACAGGCAAGACUCUGCCACCAAUCUCCAGUUUGCUUUGUGAAAUACACAUGCAUUCCUAAUCCAUUCUGCACCGAACCACACCAUAAGCUUAUCAUCUGAUGGUACAUGCAGUGAGACCAACAAAAAAAAAAAAAACUUAAACAGCUUACAUUUAUGCAUACAAGCUACAUAUACAGCUGGAUGUUCACUGAAACAAUAAAGGUUAGGCACUUUUACUCAAGGGUACAACAAACCUGCAAGCUGUCUUACUAAUCAAGUUUCCUAACCAAUGUACUACACUGCAACCUCCCCCCUCCCCCUUCAAAAAAACCUGCAUAUUACAGUCAUGGAAGUACAUACUUUAAGUAUGUGCAUUUGAAACAUUACGUACCCCAGAUCUCAUAAAGAAUAAAUUAUCAUUUUAAAUGAGGUUGUAAUGAUUGACUAAAGAAAAUGAAUUUGCCUGUGUCCAAGGAAGUUCACUACAAAGGAGACACCACUGACAGUUACACAGAUAUUUUCAAAUCUAUAACUGAAUACAUUUACCAUCAUCAUCUAUAUCAAACUUCUGCCUAUAUAUUACAAAAUCAAAGAUUUCAUAUUUUCACACACACACUUUAUACAUAUAUUUAGAGAAUUGUCAGCUUGUGCAGUUUAACAUAUAUGCAUACAUAUGUAAGCCUGCAAGUGGUACUCGUAUAUGCUUUAUAUUCUGACACAUUACACAAUUUUGGAUUUAAUAUAUAGACGUAUAUUAGUUUUCCAUAAGGAAGUGGCUAAGCUGAAAUGUUUUAUUUAACAAAUAUUAAUGUACGACUCUUUUGUUUUUUUCCCUCCUUCUCUCUGUUGAACACAAGAGCCAAUAUUUUGGGGGAAAAAUUGGCAACGUGAGUCACAGCAGUCUCUGGGUAAUCUUCCCGCAUAACCCUUACUUAAUAUAUUGGCGUGGCUGCCAGGUUGCAGUUUGAUUGCACGCACUUUUUUCCAUUACCGACUACGGAGCUCUGGAAGUUCACAGCUGGCGCCUGUGCUGAAAAAGAGUGGCGCAACUUCAGACACGGUGGCACUUAACUAGGCCAUUUCCAUGUCAGAUACAGGCAUAAUAACACCAUAAUUAUAACUAAUGAUGUCCUCCAACAUGCUAUAUAAGGACUGCGUCAUCAAAGUAGAAACGAUACGCUCCCUGAUAGUCCACCGAUGCCCAUCAGUAGCCUUAAGUCCGAAGUUAAUAAAACGCGAUGACCUGGUGGAGGCCACGUUAGGAAUAAAAUGCGGAUUCUCAAGUCAUUCGAGUGAAUGUACUGAAUGAGCGAAACAAAUUGCGAGGGAUUUUGAGUAGUCGAUCGCCAACAAUUAGGCUGGGUGAUACCAACGGUAACGAAUGCACUUUCAUAGCGUUGCUCAUCAGUUUGUGUGCUACUUAAGGACAACACCUUUAAGGUACUAAUAGAUUAUAUCAUGAACUGAUAUGAUGAAAUGACCACCCAUUUUCCCGAUUGGAUGUAGGCUACAUAAAGGCAUUUCGUUAGCCUGUGUGUAACUGUACCAGUAAGAUGUAUGAUUGCGUCUUUAUGCUUGGCCACAAGAUAAAAUCCUACUUGCCUUCAAGUAUAAAUGUAUUAAACGUUUCUUGCUUACAAUUUUUUAAUCUUUACUUUGAAUAUGUUUAUCUGUAGAGUCUUAUAAUAACUAUCAGUUAGUGAGUCAACUCGUGCUCAUUUUUAUGUUUAACCUGUAGAAAACUGAGAAUAGCCCUUGUAUAAAAGUGCCUUCAGCUGAUUUUUAUAUCCAUAGUUUCAAUUUUAUACAUAAAUACACUUUUAUUAUAUGUUUCUAUUUAAAAAUGUACGUCCUUUUUCAAAAAUGUCUUUUUUAACCUCUGAAAAAAAAUCUUACUCUGAUGUGCAAAAAAUUGUUUUACGAUGGAAUAAAUACAUUUAUACUUCUCUC